AAAAAAAUGAAAAUUUUAUAUUAUGUUUAUUUGAUAUAAAUAAUCAUAGAUUUGUUAAAAUUAUUGUUCAAUUCUUCAAGAUGAGUAAUUAAAAUCAAAAUCAAAAUCCCACUAUCACUUCUCGACCUAUCGCCAUUUUGACGGCAUCUCCGAUACAAAUUGUCACGUGGUGAGUAUAUUUGAAUAAAAUAUCUGAAUACCACAAAGCGAAAAAACAAGCAUGGCAUAUCGUAUAUUCAGUAUCAAAAUGACUUGUCAAGCGUACGGAUGUUCAACUCGGAGUUCCCAUGGCAUAAGCUUACACACUUUCCCAGAUCCUGCAAAAAAGAAAGAGUUAUACCAGACGUGGAUGAUUAACCUAAACCUAACACCAACCACCUUCACUCACAACAAGUUCAAGAAAGUGUGUGCAGACCAUUUUGAAGCAUCUUGUUUCGAUGGAAAUUUGAUGGGCAGGUUAAUAGGCUUCACACCUAGACAUCGAAGACUGAAGUCAGAUGCAGUACCAACACUGUUCGCAUACAACCAAGGCUUGAGAGAUGAUGACAGUAAUUCACACACAAGAAAAAGAGUGUUGCUUGAGAUACCACUACCAAUUGCCAAUGGGGUCAAUGAUAACAGAGGGAAUUCAGUCAUGACAGAAAGUAAAGAAAACAACAUUCCACAGAAAAAAACUAAACAUGCUGUAAAAGCUGUAGAGGAAAAAGUCAAUGUAUUGUCGAAACCCUUAAUGGUUGACGUCGGGGUUCAGACAUUACCACAACUUCAAACUGACACUGAUUUCGGUACCUCAAUGACAAACCACAGCUACCUACAGGUCCCUAUCUCUUCAACACAACCACUUGACACAGCAUUCAUUAGUUCGCCUCAGAAAGACCAGGAUGCAUCUGAUGCAUCCACGCCUACACCAACAUCCAGCCCCGAGAAACCCGACAGCGAUCUAUCCUAUGUACCAAGCGACGAAUCCCGGGACUCAAAUCAGUCAUCAUCUUCAGACUCCAUGCAACACAUCACCACAGAACCUAAGGUUAUUGCGUUUGAGAGCUGCCUGAAGUCAUUGUUUGGACGAGUGAUUUGCACAGAUUGUGGAGAACCAAUUGCUGCUGACGCAUCCGAGAUCAUAUACAACGGUACUGCAAUGAAAGUUAAGUUCCUAUGUAUGAAAGGUCACCAAACUUCGUGGGAGUCACAACCAUUGGUCAACAAUAAACCUGCAGGUAAUUUGAUGGUGGCUACAGCUGUUAUCCUGUCUGGUGAAACCUUUGCAAGACUAUCUCACUUUGCCGAAAUACUAUCACUAAAGUUUAUUGGAUCAACCCAAUUUUACAGUUUGCAGAAAGACAUCGCCAUCCCUGCCAUUGACCGCUACUACACCAUGCAAAGAGAUGUCAUUCUACAGCAGCUACAUGGUAAACAGCUCAUUCUUGGUGGAGAUGGACGCUGUGACAGUCCAGGCUUUUCAGCCAAGUAUUGUACGUACACAUUCAUGGAUUCAGCCACCGGCGUCAUACCAGACUUUAGCUUAGUCCAAGUUUCUGAAACCACGUCGUCAAACAAGAUGGAACUCAUAGGAUUUCAGAGGUCCCUUGCAAGCAUUGAGGCUGCAGAUCUUACAGUUGGAGUCGUUGUUACAGACAGACAUGUCCAGAUCCGCAAAGCCAUGGCAACAGACCACAGUGACAAGAACCAUCAGUUUGACGUUUGGCAUUUAUCAAAAUCGAUUAAGAAGAAGAUCUUAGCCAUAAAGCCAAAGAAGCUGCUGAAUGAGGUGAAGCCAUGGAUCCCCUCCAUCUGUAACCACAUUUGGUACUGUUCCCGACAAUCCGAUGGUGAUUCUGAUAAACUUGAAGAGACAUGGAGAAGCCUUCUUUGUCAUAUUUCGAAUAGGCACACCUUUCCUGGGAAGAUUGUGACACGAUGUGGACACCCCCCACUAAGCCCUGAUGAUAUAAGGAAAAAGAAAUGGUUGAAUCAAGACAGCCAAGCAUAUGCAGCAUUAGAGAAGGUCGUCACAGACAAGCUAAUUCUACGGGACAUACGUCAACUAGAUCUUUUUUGCCACACAGGAGCAUUGGAAACAUAUCACUCCAUGAUGCUGAAAUACUGUCCUAAGCGACUCGAGUUUGAAUACGCAUCAAUGGUUGCCCGUACUCAGUUGGCAGUGGUAGACAACAAUGUAAACAUCGGGAGAAACCAAAAGACCGAUGCCAAUGGCAAACUGUCCUUCGCAACCCGAUGUCCCAAGAGCACUGGAAGGUGGACGGCCCGCAAAAUAUACGAGAAGAAGGAUUACGAUUUCAAAGCCGAUAUAUUGCAGUUUGCAGUCACCAGCCAACAGGAGGGUCCCAACAGGAAAACAGUUCACCAGCUAAAGUCACUAUCACUGCCCGUAAACAUAAGCAAGGACCCUGCACCGUGUAAGGAAGACCUAAUUGACGAUCACAGAUCUCGCUUUUCUUGAUUGAAUAUCUAAAAUUGACAGUAUGUUGAGUGUGGUAUGCAUUAAUUGGUCUUUUAAAUAUAUAUGUAUAAGCAAGUUUAAAAGAGAAAAAGGAGUGAUAGUUGGCAUCCUUAAUUAGAUAGAUCAAGAGAGGUAGAUGGAAGAAAGAUGCAAGCCGAAAAUGUUUGAAUUAAUUUCCGUUUGUAAUAUCUAUAUUUUAAUCAUGACGUGUAGCAAAUCGUAAUUUGUUGAUUUAUUGGAGUACGCUUCUGGAUAGUACUGCAAAGUCCGUAUACAAAUAUAUAUUCAUGUAUAAAAAAAAGUCAGGGAAGUAGUGAACAAAGGCUUUGUAAAAUGAGACGAAAUCGAGCGAGUCAGAGAGUAAAAAGAAGCAAAAUGAAGCCUUUGUGAGAUACUUGUAUUUACCGUUUGUAGUAUUUUUAUUUGAAUCGUGUAUAGUAUUAUAAUUCGUUGAUUUAUAAAUGUUAGGUUUCUGCAUCGUAUAAAGUUAUAAUGUAACAUGAAUGAUUAGUAUUGUGUUUAUUUGUUAAAUUUUGUUAUUUUGUUAGUGAUUGUGUCAAAAAAAAUAAA